GCGCGGAGGCCGGCCUUGAGGCCCGGGCGGGCGCCAUGGAGAAGUACGAGCGGAUCCGGGUGGUGGGGAGAGGCGCCUUCGGGAUCGUUCACCUGUGCCUGCGCAAGGCGGACCAGAAGCCGGUGAUCAUCAAGCAGAUCCCGGUGGAGCAGAUGAGCAAGGAUGAGCGGCUGGCCGCCCAGAACGAGUGUCAAGUCCUCAAGCUGCUCAACCACCCCAACGUCAUCGAGUACUACGAGAACUUCCUGGAGGACAAGGCCCUCAUGAUCGCCAUGGAGUACGCGCCAGGCGGCACGCUGGCGGAGUACAUCCAGAAGCGCUGCAACUCGCUCCUGGACGAGGACACCAUCCUGCACUUCUUUGUGCAGAUCCUCCUGGCCCUGCACCACGUCCACACUCACCUCAUCCUCCACCGGGACCUCAAGACGCAGAACAUCCUGCUCGACAAGCACCGCAUGAUCGUCAAGAUCGGCGACUUCGGCAUCUCCAAGAUCCUCAGCAGCAAGAGCAAGGCCUACACGGUGGUUGGCACCCCGUGCUACAUCUCCCCCGAGCUGUGCGAGGGCAAACCCUACAACCAGAAGAGUGACAUCUGGGCCCUGGGCUGUGUCCUCUACGAGCUGGCCAGCCUCAAGCGGGCCUUCGAGGCGGCGAACCUGCCGGCCCUGGUGCUGAAGAUCAUGAGCGGCACCUUCGCGCCCGUGUCGGACCGCUACAGCGCGGAGCUGCGCCAGCUUGUGCUCAGCCUGCUCCGCCUGGACCCCUCGCAGAGGCCCCAGCUCAGCGAGAUCAUGGCCCAGCCCCUCUGCGUCCGCACCCUGCUCAAUCUCUACACCGACGUGGGCAGCGUCAAGAUGAGGAGGGCAGAGAAGCCCCUGGCCACCGUGCCCCCGGUGGCCCACGGCCGUGGGGGUAGCAGAGUGGGCAGUGCCAGGACCAGGGGUGCCCCCGGGGGGCCGGCCAGGCCGCCCAUCCCUCCCCCGCUGUGCUCCGUGUACACCUGGGGCGGGGGGCUCAGCACCCCCCUGCGUCUCCCCCUGCUCCACACCGAGGUGGGGCAGGUGGCGGCCGGACGCACCCAGAGAGCCGGGGUCACCAAGUCAGGACGUCUCAUCAUCUGGGAGGCUGCCCCUGUGGGGUCCGGCGGGGGCCCCGUGUUGCCCGGCGCUCUGGAGCCACUGCAGCCGCAGUUCGUCUCCCGCUUCCUGGAGGGCCAGUCGGGCGUCACCAUCAAGCAUGUGGCCUGCGGGGACCUGUUCGCGGCCUGUCUCUCAGACCGGGGCAUCAUCAUGACGUUUGGCAGCGGCAGCAGCGGCUCCCUGGGCCACGGCAACUUCACUGAUGUCGGCCAGCCCAGGAUCGUGGAGGCCCUGCUGGGCUACGAGAUGGUGCAGGUGGCCUGCGGGGCGUCCCACGUGUUGGCCCUGUCCGCAGAGCGAGAGGUGUUCGCCUGGGGCCGAGGCGACAGCGGACGCUUAGGCCUGGGCACCCGGGAAUCACACAGCUGCCCCCAGCCGGUCCCUGUGCCCCCCGAGCUGGAGGCCCAGCGGGUCCUGUGUGGCAUCGACUCUUCCAUGAUCCUCACGGUGCCCGGCCAGGCCCUGGCCUGUGGGAGCAAUCGGUAUAACAAGCUGGGCCUGGACUCGCUAGCCCCCGGGGAAGAGCCCGCUCCCCGCGACCAGGUAGAGGAAGCUCUGAGCUUCACACCCCUCCGCUCCGCUCCCCUGAACCUAGCAGCCCUGGUGAGCGCCGACGUGGGCACUGCCCACUCCGCCGCCGUCACAGCCUCUGGCCAGUGCUACACUUUUGGCAGCAACCAACACGGGCAGCUGGGCUCCGGGGCCCGCCACGGCAGCCGGGCACCCUGCCUGGUCGGGGGGCUGCAGGGCAUCCGGGUGACAAUGGUGGCCUGCGGGGAUGCCUUCACGGUGGCCGUCGGAGCGGACGGCGAGGUGUACACGUGGGGCAAGGGGGCCCGGGGCCGGCUGGGCCGGAGGGACGAGGACAGCGGAGUCCCCAGGCCGGUGCGGCUGGAUGAGCCCCACCCUUACGUGGUCACCUCUGUAUCCUGUUGCCACGGAAACACCCUGCUGGCCACCCGGCCUGCCACGGAGGAGCCCGCCCCGCCCUGAGGAGCUCGACCCAGGCCCCCCGCAGCCUCCACUGACUCACCCUGCCCCUCAUCUCCUUCUCUGUCUGCUUCCGGCCCCAGCCUCCUCCUAGAGCAACCCCCUCUGCGGGGUCCGACCAUAUCCUGGGGCACCGGGGAGGGCAGCCGUGGGCUCCAGCAGCCUGGGCUCCUGGCACUCCUCGGGCACAGUGUUGGCACAGGGAGGGCCCAGCUGCCCUAUGCAUCCCCCCCUGGCUCCCCCUCAACUCUGGCCCUUCUCCCUUCCCGGUUACUCAUCCCCUCACUCCCCUGCCCGCAGGAGCCUGGCGCCCCCCGGCUCCCCUUCCUGGCUCGUGCCCGGGCCAAACCCGCUACGCCAGGCCGGCGGCCCGGCCACCCCCGCCUGGCCCGAGGCAGCUGUGUCUUGGGUGAAAGAGACGGCAAUCUCAGUAGCUCCCAGCCACCUGCAAGGCCACGGCAGGAAGCGGCCGGGGAGGGACUCCUCACGCUGGGACUGUGGGAUGGGGGAGGCGAGCGCAGCCCUGCCCCCUGGGCCCGUGGCCCUCGCCCACAGCUCCAGUCCCAAGGCCCCCUCGGAGGUGGCGGGCGGGCAUCGCCACUCUGGAUGAGCCAGGCUGAAUAGGACGGGGAGGUGGUCCGGGCCCAGAGGAGGCCAGGCAGGCCUGCCCCUUAGGGCCUCAGCCCCUCCUCUUGAGCCUCCCGGGUAGCACGGUGGUCAGCGAUGCCCCCCUGCCCCCAGCCCGGGAGGGGACGGCGGGCCACUGGGGCAGAGGCAUUUUUCCGUUCCGUCACUGUCGAUUGCCUCUAUUGAGCGCUUACUGUGUGCAGAGCACUGUACGAAGCCCUAACAAUAAACAGAAACAUUCCCUGCCCACAGUGAACUUACAGUCUAGAGGGGGAGAGUGAGAGCGGAGAGGCCAAGGAGCAGGGGUUCGACCACGCGGGGAGAAGGCAGGGGAUUGGGAUCUGUCUCUUCCUCCGCCACUCUCCUCGUCUCUUCUCUACCCCACGGUCUGACCCUCCGACCCAGCACCAGUCCGGCUGAAGGCUGAGGUCCGGGGAAAGAGGGGACCCCAAGGAACCGGGGGGCUUAGGCUGGGGACCCCGGGAAUGCCACCCCACACCUCAAAACGAGCCGGGCAGGGCUGGCCCUCCCUGGACAGGCGGGCACAGCUGAGCAGGGCUGAGGCGGUCGCUGUAACGGUCGCAGCUGUGACUGCUGGACUCUGAACUCUGUGUUUGUCCUCUCCCCGGUUUUAUUGUUUCAUCUCACCCUGUGUGUAAGUCCACAGCCCACAUUCUUGGAUUCAAUCGCGUUUAUUGAGCGCUUACUGUGUGCAGAGCACUGGACUAAGCGCUUGGGAAGUCCAAGUUGGCAACAUAUAGGGACGGUCCCUACCCAACAGCGGGCUCACAGUCUAGAAGAUUGUGAGCACCGCUCCGCCCCCCCAACAGACCCAGGCCAGUGACUGAUUUCCACUCGGCGUUGCUUUCUCAGUGCUCAGUACAGCCCCCCACAAAGGAAGCACUUAAUAAAUACCUUUGCUAUUA